UCGCUUCAUUCCGCUCGGCUCCGUGCUCCGGCAGAAGCUCGCUUGAGCCUCGAUACGAAUAUCGUCGGUGGGGCCCGACCGAGAAAACGAAGGAUCCAGCCAUCCUGAAUCGCACGAGCGAGCUACUCUUCGGCUCGAUCCAGGUCGAUCCGGAAAUCGACUUCAAAGAAAAGGGUUGCCGAGGUUCGCGCGAGCCAUACUCUCCGGCCAGUAGUUGCUGAUCAUUGGUGCACCAUCGGAGGUUAGGACGUCGUCGACACCGUUCUGCUGGUGUUGGUCGUCGUCGUCGUCGCCGUCGUCGUGGUCGUCGUCGUCGUCGUCGUCGUUGUCGUCGGCACAGCGCGUAAACGUUGUUCUACCGGCAGACGUGCGUGUGCCACCGGGAAGGCGAACCAUGUCGAAUCGUGAUCGUGUGUGACCGUUCGUCCGCGCCCUAUCGACUACCUUGGCUCGGGGGACGGUGGACGUUCGUCGCUGAGAAUCAGGCCAGACCAACAACCACCGGGAGGAGAGUAACGCGAGGCAGAGGUGAACCGAACUCGACGUCAUCCUGCGGCGUGAAAACGUACCGACGGGAUGGCUGACAGCGAGGGUGGCUCCGAGCAGGAUGACGUAUCCUUCCUUCGCACGGAGGACAUGGUGUGUCUCUCCUGCACAGCAACUGGCGAAAGGGUUUGCCUCGCAGCCGAGGGGUUUGGUAAUCGACACUGUUUCCUUGAGAACAUCGCAGACAAGAACAUACCGCCUGACCUGUCGCAAUGCGUAUUCGUAAUAGAACAGGCUCUCUCGGUGAGAGCUCUGCAGGAAUUGGUUACCGCUGCCGGUUCCGAGACGCAGCAAGAAAAUUUAGGAAAGGGCACUGGAUCUGGACACAGAACGUUACUGUACGGCAACGCCAUUUUACUGAGGCAUCAGAACAGCGACAUGUAUUUGGCUUGUUUAUCGACCAGCUCGUCCAACGACAAGUUGGCUUUCGACGUCGGUCUGCAGCAGCAUUCUCAAGGCGAGGCUUGCUGGUGGACUGUGCAUCCAGCGUCGAAACAGAGGUCAGAGGGUGAGAAGGUCCGAGUCGGUGAUGACCUUAUUCUGGUAUCUGUGGCCACCGAGAGAUACUUACACACAACAAAAGAAAACGACCUGUCAGUGGUUAACGCCUCGUUUCACGUAACCCACUGGUCGGUGCAACCUUACGGCACUGGAAUUAGCCGGAUGAAGUACGUCGGUUACGUAUUUGGCGGUGACGUUCUACGAUUCUUCCACGGCGGCGACGAGUGCCUCACGAUACCGUCGACAUGGGGCACGUCACCGAGUCAGAAUAUAGUGAUCUACGAGGGUGGCAGCGUGAUGAGCCAGGCGCGAUCUCUAUGGAGGCUGGAGCUGGCGAGAACGAAAUGGGCCGGUGGUUUCAUCAAUUGGUUGCACCCGAUGAGGAUCAGACACUUGACAACCGGACGUUACCUUGGCGUGAAGGAAAACAACGAACUAUACCUGGUCGAUAGGAACGAGGCGACCAUCGAAACCUCGACGUUUUGGCUGAGGCAAGAGAAGGAUGACCAGAAGAUCGUCCUCGAGGACAAGGACCUCGAAGUUAUCGGCACACCGAUCAUCAAGUAUGGCGACUCGACCGUCAUCAUGCAACACGCCACUACUUGCCUCUGGGUCUCGUACAAGUCGUACGAGACGAAGAAAAAGGGCGUGGGUAAAGUGGAGGAGAAGCAAGCCGUCCUUCACGAAGAGGGGAAGAUGGACGACGGUUUGGACUUCUCUCGGUCUCAAGAGGAGGAGUCGCGAACGGCCCGUGUGAUCCGAAAGUGCAGCAGUCUGUUCACCCAGUUCAUCACAGGCCUAGAGACGCUGCAAGUAGAUAGAAGGGCGUCCAUGUUCUUCCAAAAUGUGAAUCUGAACGAAAUGGUGAUGUGUUUGGAAGACUUGAUUAAUUACUUUGCUCAACCCGAAGACGACAUGGAGCACGAAGAGAAGCAGAACAGAUUCCGAGCGCUGAGAAAUCGUCAGGACCUGUUCCAAGAGGAAGGCAUACUGAACCUGAUCCUCGAAGCCAUCGACAAGAUCAACGUGAUCACGUCGCAGGGUUUCCUCGUGGCACUUUCCGGAGACGAGAGCGGUCAAGCCUGGGACCAAAUAUCUGGAUACCUGUAUCAAUUACUGGCGGCUAUCAUCAAAGGGAAUCACACGAACUGCGCGCAAUUCGCCAACAGCAAUCGUUUGAACUGGCUGUUCAGCCGAUUGGGCUCGCAAGCUUCCAGCGAGGGCACCGGAAUGCUGGACGUGCUUCACUGCGUUCUUAUCGACUCGCCCGAAGCUUUGAACAUGAUGAGAGACGAGCACAUCAAAGUGAUCAUCUCCUUGCUGGAGAAACACGGAAGGGAUCCGAAAGUCUUGGACGUACUCUGUUCGCUUUGCGUGGGUAACGGCGUAGCUGUUCGAUCCUCGCAGAACAACAUCUGCGACUUUUUGCUACCGGGGAAGAAUCUUCUUCUUCAGACGCAGCUGGUCGACCACGUGGCUAGCGUCAGACCAAACAUAUUCGUCGGCAGAGUGGAGAACUCUGCGCUCUAUCAGAAGUGGUAUUUCGAGGUCACCGUUGACCACAUCGAGCAGACUACGCAUAUGAUGCCACAUUUGAGAAUAGGAUGGGCGAAUACGGCCGGAUACAUGCCGUAUCCCGGUGGCGGCGAGAAAUGGGGAGGAAACGGUGUUGGCGACGACCUCUAUUCGUUCGGCUUCGACGGCGCGUACCUAUGGACCGGUGGUAGAAAGACUCAAGUCGUUCACAACGCCGCGGAACCGUACAUCCGAAAGAGCGACGUGAUCGGAUGCGCGCUGGACCUCACCGUGCCCAUAAUCACGUUCACGUUCAACGGAGCGCCCAUCAUGGGAUCCUUCCGAAACUUCAACCUCGACGGCAUGUUCUUCCCGGCGAUCAGCUGUUCGUCCAAGCUGUCCUGUCGAUUCCUAUUGGGCGGUGACCACGGCCGACUCAAGUUUCAACCGCCCGAAGAGUUCUCACCUCUGAUAGAAAGUUUACUACCACAGCAGAUUCUGUCUCUGGACCCCUGCUUCUACUUCGGGAACAUGAACAAAGUGGUCCUGGCUGGGCCGUGGUUGGUCGAGGACGACACGGCGUUCGUCCCAAGUCCGGUCGACACGUCCAUGGUCAAUUUACCAUCUUACGUCGAGCAGAUCCGAGAUAAACUGGCCGAGAACAUUCACGAGAUGUGGGCGAUGAACAAGAUCGAGGCUGGCUGGAUAUACGGGGAGCACAGGGACGACAUGAGAAAGAUUCAUCCGUGUAUCGUUCAGUUCGAGCGAUUGCCAGCUGCGGAGAAGCGUUACGACACUCAGCUAGCAGUGCAGACGCUGAAAACCAUCCUAGCCUUGGGAUAUUACAUCACGAUGGACAAACCACCAUCCAGAAUAAAGACUUUGAGGCUUCCCAACGAACCGUUUCUGCAAAGUAGCGGGUACAAGCCGGCCCCUCUCGACCUCAGCGCCAUCACGCUUACUCCGAAGAUGGAGGAGCUGGUGGAUCAACUUGCAGAGAACACGCACAACUUGUGGGCGAAGGAACGGAUCAGUCAGGGUUGGACCUAUGGUCUGAACGAAGACUCCGAGAUGAGGAGGAGCCCCCAUUUGGUACCCUAUCCGAAAGUCGACGAAGCGAUCAAGAAGGCGAACCGCGACACCGCUAGCGAGACCGUGAGGACUCUUUUGGUUUAUGGAUACAUGUUGGAACCACCCACCGGCGAACAGCACGAAGCGCUGCUGUUGGAAGCCAGCAGGCUACGACAACUGUACUUCAGAACGUAUCGCGUGGAAAAACACUAUGCGGUGAGUGGCGGGAAAUGGUACUUCGAGUUCGAGGUGCUGACAGCCGGUCCCAUGCGCGUCGGUUGGGCGAAAGCUGACUGCAGUCCUGGAAACAUGCUGGGAAGCGACGAGAACACUUGGGCAUUCGACGGCUACAACGAGGAAAAAGUAUACUCGGGCACAGCCGAGACAUUUGGCAAACAAUGGCAGGUUGGAGACGUUGUCGGGGUUUUCCUGGAUCUAAUUGACCGAACAAUUAGCUUCUCUCUGAACGGAGAACUGCUGAUGGACGCGCUCGGUGGUGAAACGUCUUUCGCCGACGUGCAGGGCGACUGUUUCGUGCCAGCAUUCACGCUCGGCGUCGGACAGAAAGCGAAAUUGACUUUCGGACAGGACGUGAACACUCUGAAAUUUUUCACGACGUGCGGUCUGCAAGAGGGAUACGAACCAUUCUGCGUAAACAUGAAUCGUCCGGUUACAUUCUGGUACACCAAGGAUCAACCGAUUUUCGAGAACACGGAUGACAUGGCCGACACGAGGAUCGACGUGGCCAGGAUCCCAGCGGGUUCUGACACUCCGCCGUGCUUGAAGAUCUCUCACAACAUGUUCGAGACGAUGGAGAAAGCGAACUGGGAGUUUCUUCGGCUGUCCUUGCCGGUUAUUUGUCAGUCGACGUUCGUCUCCGAGAGCGAGAAGCUGCGAAGGUGGCAGGAGAUCAAAAUGCGACAGAAUAAACUGCUGUCCGAGCAGGUGGAGCAAGCUCAACAAGCGGCGCCUUCCGCUCACAUGGAGCAGAUUAUGAAAUCUGGAUUCAGUAUGAGCGACAUCAAGGGAUUGCAAAGGAAUUAUUCAGAGGACGCGGUGGAAGCCGACGAAAUGAUGAAGGAGUCGCCGCUGCCCAUGCAGAGAAACAAACCGGCAAGGCCGCCGAGAAAGGGUUCUCUCUACGGAUCGCGGGGUGGAAACAUGGACAACGCGAUCAGCGAGGCUGAUAUGAAUGGAUACGGCAAUAUGAACGGCGACAUCAAAGACGACAAGAAGAAACGCGGGCGUUCACCGUUCCGCAAACUUAGCAAAGAGAUGGAGGAUGCCCCGUUAUUCUCGCGCAAAGCGAAGUCUCCGGACGCGAAGUCGAAAACGCCCGAACCACCGGUGCGCUCGGACGUCUCCGACAAGAGCACCAAGACUCUGUCGAUGAACAAAGCAAGUAGCCGGCUACCUCAAAUUCGCAUAUCAAACACGGACUUGAAGGUGGUGCCGCCGCAGAUCCCAGAACGCAACGCGCCGAAGGCAAUGUCGGUUCUCAGCGGGAGCGGUGUCGAGGCGAUUGGAAACGAGAUAUUCGACGCGGAGUGCAUGAAACUGAUGAACGAGUACUUCUACGGAGUGAGAAUAUUUCCCGGACAGGAUCCAACGCACGUCUACGUCGGCUGGGUCACUUCUCAGUAUCACUUACACACCAAGGACUUUAAUCUGUCACGCGUGAGGAAGGGCUCCGUGGUUAUCACCGACGACUACGAUCGCCUUAUAGAACAAGUGGACAGACAGAGCUGCUACAUGGUAAGAGCGGACGAGCUCUACAACGAAGUGACGCAAGACGCGUCCGGCAAAGGAGCUUCCCAGGGGAUGUUUGUCGGAUGUUUCGUGGACACGGCGACUGGCUGGGUGUCCUUCACCUGCGAGGGAAAGGAGACUAGCCACAAAUUCAAGAUGGAACCCGACACAAAGCUGUUCCCCGCCAUCUUCGUGGAAGCUACCAGCAAAGAGAUCCUUCAGAUCGAACUUGGAAGAACUUCGACGACGCUACCGUUGUCCGCUGCUGUGCUGCAGAACUCGGAACGUCACGUGAUACCACAGUUCCCGCCUAGAUUGAAGGUGCAAUGUCUGAAGCCUCACCAAUGGGCAAGAGUUCCAAAUCAGUCGCUUCAGGUUCACGCUCUGAAGCUGUCCGACAUUAGAGGUUGGUCCAUGCUGUGCGAGGACGCUAUAUCGAUGUUGGCAUUGCACAUCCCCGAAGAGGACAGGUGUAUCGAUAUAUUGGAACUUAUCGAGAUGGACAAACUGCUCAGUUUCCACGCGCAUACUCUGACGCUGUACGCAGCUCUGUGCUACCAGUCGAAUUACAGAGCAGCGCACGCUCUCUGCCAGCACGUCGAUCAGAAACAAUUACUGUACGCGAUUCGAGCGGAAUACAUGUCCGGGCCCCUACGACAAGGAUUCUACGACUUGCUGAUCGCGCUGCAUCUCGAGUCGCACGCGACCACGAUGGAAGUGUGCACGAACGAGUACAUCAUUCCUUUAGGCCAGGAACUGAAGGAAUUGUACGAGAGCGAAGAGAUGAAGCACAGCCUCAGGUAUCUGGAAACCGAGUCGGUUCGUCCUCAGAUGAAAAUGACAGACAUCAGGGAUAUUCCUUCCAGCGACCAAACGAUCGAGGAUAUAAGGAGCCUCUACAGUCCGUACUUCCCUCUGGACGUGGUGCGAGACUACGUGAUGACGGCACUGAAAGAGGCCGUCGAAGUGAAUCAAGUUCACAAUCGAGACCCUAUUGGCGGCAGCAAUGAGAAUCUUUUUCUGCCGCUUUUGAAACUAGUUGACAGAUUGCUCUUGGUCGGAAUGCUAAGGAACGAGGAUAUUAUGAAGCUUUUGAUUAUGAUUCACCCAGAGACUUGGGAUCCGACGUUUGACAAAGAAGGAAAAGACGAGCACAAGAAGGGACUGCUUCACAUGAAGAUGGCCGAGGGCGCGAAACUACAGAUGUGCUAUCUUCUCCACCACUUGAACGAUAUCCAGCUUCGACAUCGCGUCGAGUCCAUCAUCGCUUUCAGCCACGACUUCGUCGGUGAUCUUCAAUCCGAUCAGCUUCGCCGUUACAUCGAGAUCAAACAGUCCGACCUGCCGUCGGCAGUUGCGGCGAAGAAAACCAGAGAGUUUAGGUGUCCGCCUCGUGAGCAAAUGAACGCGAUUCUAAGCUUCAAGAACAUGGACUUUGAGGAAGAUCCCGAGAACAUUCCCUGCGGGGAGGAUUUGAUCGGCAGGAUGAACGAGUUCCACAACAAUCUCAUGUCCUACGUGUCGUUGCACGCACUGCAGGAAGCAGCAGACGCUAUAGAGGAGCUGACGGAAGAAGUUCAGAAACCGGGCGCCAUUAAGAGGCUGUUCAACUUCAUCAACGCGGUGAAGGAACUCGAAGAGGAACCUAAACCCGAGCCUGAACCCGAGAGGAAGACACCGGAAGAGGUAUUUCGCAAAGUCCUGAUAAAAACCAUCGUCAGCUGGGCCGAGGAGUCGCAGAUAGAGACGCCAAAGUUGGUUCGAGAAAUGUUCAGUUUACUGGUUCGCCAAUACGACACCGUGGGCGAGCUAAUUCGGGCACUGGAGAAGACCUACGUGAUCAACAGCAAGACCAAGGACGACGUUGCUCUGAUGUGGGUCGGUCUCAGCCAGAUCCGUGCCUUGCUGCCCGUGCAAAUGUCCCAGGAGGAGGAGGAACUGGUUCGCGAACGGCUGUGGAAGUUGGUCAACAAUCACACUUUCUUCCAGCAUCCGGACUUGAUCAGAGUGCUGAGAAUUCACGAGAACGUGAUGGCGAUCAUGAUGAACACGCUGGGCAGGCGCGCGCAGGCACAGUCGGACGCUCAAACGCAGCCUCAAACAACCGAAGGGGAACCAGCUUCCAAAGAGAAGGAUACAUCUCACGAAAUGGUGGUAGCGUGCUGCAGGUUCCUGUGCUAUUUCUGUCGAACCUCCAGGCAGAAUCAGAAGGCCAUGUUCGAUCACUUCGACUUCCUGUUAGAGAACAGUAACAUCUUGUUGUCGAGACCGUCUUUAAGAGGUUCGACGCCGUUAGACGUGGCUUACUCCUCUCUCAUGGAAAACACGGAGCUCGCUCUAGCUCUCAGAGAGCAUUACCUCGAGAAGAUCGCCAUCUAUUUGUCGCGUUGCGGCUUGCAAUCGAAUUCCGAACUGGUCGAGAAAGGUUAUCCUGAUCUGGGAUGGGAUCCAGUGGAGGGCGAACGAUACUUGGACUUUUUGAGGUUCUGCGUUUGGGUGAACGGAGAAAGCGUCGAGGAGAAUGCAAACUUGGUGAUCCGUUUGCUGAUCAGAAGACCAGAGUGUUUGGGACCAGCGCUUCGUGGUGAGGGUGAGGGUCUGUUGAGAGCCAUUAUAGACGCCAACAAGAUGUCCGAACGGAUCGCUGAUCGAAGAACGGUGCACGACGAAGCGGAGGGUACAGCUGUCAUGCAGUUCGAGCACCCACUGCCGGAAUCGGACGACGACGAGGACUACAUCGACACGGGAGCUGCGAUUCUGAACUUUUACUGUACCCUGGUGGAUCUGCUAGGUCGCUGCGCUCCAGAUUCCUCAGUUAUCGAACAAGAGGCGUCUAGAGAAUCUGUCGGGAAGAACGAGUCUCUUCGAGCUAGGGCCAUUCUUCGGUCCCUGGUGCCUCUCGACGAUCUGCAAGGCGUCCUGUCUCUGAGAUUCACCUUGCUGAACCCUGCAGCGGGCGAGGAGAAGCCAAAAAGCGACACGCCGUCUGGCCUGAUUCCCGGUCAUAAGCAGAGCAUUGUUCUGUUUUUGGAGCGCGUUUACGGCAUCGAAACCAGGGAAUUGUUCUUCAAGAUACUCGAGGAAGCGUUUCUGCCCGAUCUGAGAGCCGCCACUAUGUUGGACAGGAACGAUGGGUACGAGUCAGACAUGGCGCUAGCGAUGAAUCGUUACAUUGGAAACAGUAUUCUGCCUCUGUUGAUCAAGCAUUCCAAGUUCUACAACGAGGCAGAUAACUAUGCCAGCUUGUUGGACGCAACUUUGCACACCGUGUACCGACUGAGCAAGAACAGGAUGCUGACCAAGGGUCAACGUGAGGCAGUGUCGGACUUCCUCGUGGCAUUGACCAGCCAAAUGCAACCCAGCAUGCUGCUGAAACUGCUUCGAAAGUUAACGGUGGACGUGUCCAAGCUGUCGGAAUAUACGACUGUCGCUCUAAGGCUGCUGACUCUUCAUUACGAUCGUUGCGGGAAAUACUACGGCUCGACUGGCGGACAAGGCGCGUACGGUGCGUCCAGCGACGAAGAGAAACGUCUGACUAUGGUCCUUUUCAGCAACAUCUUCGACUCGUUGUCCAAAAUGGACUACGAUCCAGAAUUAUUUGGGAAGGCUUUACCUUGCCUCACGGCCAUCGGUUGCGCCCUACCACCCGACUAUUCGUUGUCGAAGAAUUACGACGACGAGUGGUAUGGAAGUAAAUCUGCAUCCGCUCAGUCGCCCGAUGGACCGUACAAUCCUCAGCCGAUCAACACCUCCAGCGUGGUUCUCAACAACGAUCUCAACCAGAUAGUCCAGAAAUUCUCCGAGCAUUACCACGACGCAUGGGCCAGUCGGAAGUUGGAAAAUGGCUGGACAUACGGUGAACAGUGGUCCGAGGUGAACAAGACUCAUCCGAGAUUGAAACCGUACAACAUGCUGAACGAUUACGAGAGAGAACGGUACAAAGAGCCAGUCAGAGAGAGCUUGAAAGCUUUGUUGGCUAUAGGAUGGAGCGUCGAGCAUGCAGAGGUGGACGUACCAUCCACCAAUCGCAGUUCAAUGCGUAGAUCAUCGAAAAGUCAAGGUGAUUCAGCGAGUCCGUUUAAUUACAACCCUCAUCCAGUCGACAUGACUAACUUGACUCUGAGCAGAGAGAUGCAGAACAUGGCCGAGCGUCUUGCAGACAACGCGCACGACAUCUGGGCAAAAAAGAAAAAGGAAGAGCUCAUCACUUGCGGAGGUGGUAUUCAUCCUCAAUUAGUUCCGUACGAUCUCUUAACGGACAAGGAGAAGCGAAAGGAUCGCGAACGUUCCCAAGAAUUUCUCAAGUAUCUGCAAUAUCAAGGUUACAAGCUUCACAAACCGAACAGAGGCGGAGAGUCGGAAGUUGCAACGGCUGGAGCCUCCGUGGAAUUGCGAUUUGCCUACUCGUUGCUCGAGAAACUGAUAGCCUAUUUGGACAAGGCCACGAUCAACAUGAAACUGCUGAAACCAUCAGACACGUUCAGCCGUAGGAACAGCUUCAAAACGUCCACGAGAGACAUCAAAUUCUUCAGCAAAGUCGUGCUGCCGCUGAUGGAGAAAUACUUUAGUACGCACAAGAAUUAUUUCAUCGCUGUGGCCACGGCUACCAACAACGUCGGGGCUGCAUCCCUUAAAGAAAAGGAGAUGGUCGCCGCUCUGUUUUGCAAACUGGCUAGCUUACUCAGAUCUAGACUGGCUGCUUUCGGUCCAGACGUCAGGAUUACCGUCCGCUGUCUUCAAGUGUUAGUGAAAGGCAUAGACGCCAAGAGCUUAGUGAAGAACUGUCCCGAGUUCAUUCGAACGUCUAUGUUAACGUUCUUCAACAACACUGCGGAUGAUUUAGGGCACACGAUUCUGAAUCUCCAAGAGGGCAAAUACAGUCACCUGAGAGGAACGCAUCUGAAAACUUCCACGUCCUUGUCGUACAUCAACAGCGUGGUUUUGCCGGUGCUGACAGCCAUGUUCGAUCAUUUGGCUUCCUGCGAGUAUGGCAGCGAUUUGUUGCUGGACGAAAUUCAAGUGGCAUCCUACAAAAUGUUAGCAUCUCUGUAUACUCUCGGCGUGGACUCUUCCCUGACGCACGACAGGAAGUAUUUGAAGACAGAAAUCGAGCGUCACAAGCCCAACUUAGGUUCCUGUCUAGGUGCCUUUUCCAGUUGUUUCCCCGUGGCCUUCCUCGAGCCCCAUUUAAACAAGCACAACCCGUACUCGCUCUUAAAUCGCAUAGCCGAUCAUUCCUUGGAAGCGCAGGACAUCAUGACGAAGAUGGAAUCGAGCAUGCCUACUCUGGAGACGAUUCUGACGGAGGUCGAUCAGUUCGUCGAGUCCGAAAAAACCUACAACGACCUUCCUCACGUGGUUGACGUCAUUCUUCCUUUGCUUUGCUCCUAUUUGCCUUUCUGGUGGGCUCAGGGCCCGGACAACGUAAAUCCGACCGAAGGAACCUACGUCAGCAUGGUCACCAGCGAUCACAUGAACCAACUGCUGAAGAACGUGUUGAAACUGAUCAAGAAGAACAUCGGUAACGAGAAUGCCCCUUGGAUGACCCGUAUCGCUGCCUAUACCCAGCAGAUUAUCAUCAACUCGUCGGAGGAGCUGCUGAAGGAUCCAUUCUUGCCGCUCGCCGAACGCGUGAGGAAACGCACGGACAACAUGUUUCACAAAGAAGAGUCUCUCCGCGGUUUUAUUAAAUCAUCCACGGACGACACGUCGCAAGUCGAGGCGCAGAUUCAAGAAGACUGGCAGCUUCUGGUUCGCGAUAUUUACUCGUUCUAUCCACUCUUGAUCAAGUACGUCGAUCUGCAGAGGAAUCACUGGCUGAGGAAUAACAUUCCGGAGGCGGAGGAUCUCUAUAAUCACGUGGCAGCGAUAUUUAACAUUUGGUCCAAGUCUCAGUAUUUCUUGAGGGAGGAGCAGAACUUCAUAUCGGCUAACGAGAUCGAUAAUAUGGUGCUGAUCAUGCCGACGGCGACCAGGAGGCCUGCUGCCAUUUCGGACGGAACGGCGCCGUCUGGAGGGGGCAAGAAAAAGAAGAAGCAUCGUGACAAGAAGAGAGACAAAGACAAGGAGGUCCAAGCAUCCUUGAUGGUGGCCUGUUUGAAGAGGUUGCUUCCAGUUGGUCUAAACUUAUUCGCUGGCCGCGAGCAAGAAUUGGUGCAACACUGCAAAGACAGAUUCCUGAAGAAAAUGCCGGAAUACGAGAUCUCGGAAUUCGCGAAGACGCAGCUCACUCUGCCGGACAAGAUCGACCCGGCCGACGAAAUGUCCUGGCAGCAUUAUCUGUACUCCAAGUUAGGCCAAAAGAAGGACUCCAUGGAACCAGUGAAAGCGCAACAGUUGGAGGAUGUGGUUGCGAGGAUCACCGACAUGGCCAAAGUUCUUUACGGUUUACAUAUGAUAGAUCAUCCGCAACAGCAGAGCAAGGGACAAUAUCGAUCCGUGGUGUCGAUACAACGUAAACGAGCUGUGAUCGCUUGUUUCCGUCAAACUUCCCUACAUUCCCUGCCCAGGCAUCGGGCUAUAAAUAUUUUCGCGCGAACGUACUACGAGCUCUGGUUGCAGGAUGAGAACGUUGGCCAAGAAGUAAUGAUUGAAGACCUUACGCAAUCUUUCGAGGACGCGGAACUGAAGAAAAUGGACAAAGCCGAGGACGAAAGCAAACCAGACCCGCUCACACAAUUGGUAACGACAUUUUGUCGCGGCGCUAUGACAGAACGAUCUGGCGCACUCCAAGAGGAUCCCUUGUACAUGAGCUACGCGCAAAUUAUAUCGAAAUCUUGUGGCGAGGAGGAGGAGGAAGGCGAAGACGAGGGUGGAGGAGGCGAAGAAGAAGGCGGUGCCUCGAUCCACAAGCGAGGCUAUAAGCCACUUAUGCGACCGAUGCACAAACUCAUGGAGCAAGAAAUGGAGAAGCAGAAACUUCUCUUCCACCAAGCGCGACUCGCGAAUCGCGGUGUAGCAGAGAUGGUGCUGCUUCACAUCUCGGCGUGCAAAGGUCUCCCCAGCGAGAUGGUGAUGAAGACGUUGGAACUGGGCAUCUCCAUCCUACGCGGCGGCAAUAUAGAGAUUCAACGAGGAAUGCUGAACCACUUGAAGGAGAAGAAGGACGUGGGCUUCUUCACUUCGAUCGCCGGUCUUAUGAAUUCUUGCAGCGUGUUGGAUCUGGACGCGUUCGAGAGGAACACGAAAGCGGAGGGCCUCGGAGUUGGCUCCGAAGGGGCUGCCGGUGAGAAGAACAUGCACGACGCCGAGUUCACGUGCGCUCUGUUCCGAUUCAUUCAACUGACGUGCGAAGGGCACAAUCUCGACUGGCAGAAUUAUCUGAGAACGCAGGCUGGUAACACGACGACGGUGAACGUGGUCAUCUGCACCGUCGAUUAUUUACUGCGCCUGCAAGAGUCCAUCAUGGACUUCUACUGGCAUUACUCCAGCAAGGAACUCAUCGACCCCGCUGGCAAGGCUAAUUUCUUCAAAGCCAUCGGCGUCGCCAGUCAAGUAUUCAACACUCUCACCGAAGUGAUUCAGGGGCCUUGCGCUCAGAAUCAACAGGCGCUUGCGCACUCUCGAUUGUGGGACGCAGUCGGUGGAUUCCUCUUCCUUUUCUCCCACAUGCAAGACAAAUUGUCCAAACACUCGAGCCAAGUUGAUCUUCUGAAGGAAUUGUUGAACUUGCAAAAGGACAUGAUUACCAUGAUGCUCUCCAUGUUGGAAGGUAACGUCGUGAACGGGACGAUUGGGAAACAGAUGGUGGACACGCUGGUAGAAUCUGCGGGCAACGUCGAGUUGAUUCUGAAAUACUUCGACAUGUUCCUGAAGCUCAAAGAUCUCGUGUCGUCGCCGAGCUUCUUAGAGGUGGAUCUGAACAGCGACGGCUGGGUGUAUCCGAAGGACUUCAAGGAAAAGAUGGAACAGCAGAAGAGUUACACCAACGAAGAGAUCGAAUUUUUAUUGGCAUGUUGCGAAACGAAUCACGACGGCAAAAUCGAUUAUGUGGCUUUCAUGGACCGUUUCCACGAACCGGCCAAAGAGAUCGGUUUCAAUCUUGCUGUUCUAUUGACGAAUCUGUCGGAACACAUGCCGAACGAACCGAGACUGGCGAGGUUCCUCGAAACGGCAGGCUCCGUGUUGAACUACUUCGAACCGUACCUCGGAAGGAUCGAGAUUCUCGGUGGGAACAAGAAGAUCGAGCGUGUGUACUUCGAGAUCAAGGAGUCGAACAUCGAACAGUGGGAGAAACCACAGAUCAAAGAGUCGAAGAGAACGUACUUUUACAACACCGUGGUGGAAGCCGGUGAGAAGGAGAAGUUGGAAACUUUCAUCAACUUCUGCGAAGACGCGAUCUUUGAAAUGCAGCACGCGAGCGCGCUGAUGGCGGUGGAGGAAAGCGGUGGGAUCGGAAAAGCGAGAGAAUCGUCUUACACUUACAUGACCGACGAUGACGAAGAGAGGAACAAAGACCCCAUCAGGAGAGCCAUUCAAACGUUCAAAGACAGCAUUUACUUCUUCUUCUCCAUAUUCUCUCCUAGCAACAUCAAGAACAAAAUCGCAGAAAUGCAGCAGAUGACGUUCCUCGAGCUUUUCAUCGGUUUCUUCAAGAUGAUAUUCUACGCGUUCUACUAUUCUGGUUUCGGCGUUGGAUGUGUAAUUGGAUACUUCAUGAGGUUAUUGUUGGCGUUGAUGAAAGGACCACACGUGGAAGAACCUGUGGUCGAGGUGAAGGAAGGGGAAGAGAAACCGACAAGACAUUUGCCUGCGUUACCGCCAACGCCGGACGAAUCGAAUCUACAGGUACAAGCGUUCGGAAUGGAUAUAACGAAAGAGGAAGGCGGACAAAUAAAGAUCGCGCCGCACGAGUCGGCAACGUCCACUCCUCAAUCGAGCAUCGAGGAAACGGGUGAAAGCACGCCGGAAGAAGCUACUGGCGAGGAGGGCGCGAGAGGUGAAGGCGGCGGAGACAUGGAAUCGCCAGUCUCAUUGGCUGACUUAUUAGGAGGCGAACAGGCUAGAGCUCAAGCAGCAGCUGCGGCUGAGGCAGCGGCCGCUCAGCAAGCAGCCAUGGCUGCUGUUGAAGCGGAAGCGAAACAGGAAACGAUAGCAGAACCAUCCGGGUCAUCUAUCGAUUUCUCCGAUUAUACUCAUCGCGUGGUCUCCUUCCUGGCCAGGAACUUCUACAAUCUAAAAUACGUGGCUCUCGUUCUUGCUUUCUGUAUCAACUUCAUGCUGCUGUUCUACAAGGUUACGUCUUUGGGUGGCGACGAGGACGAGGAAGGAAGCGGACGAAUGGCCGACAUGUUGGCAGAGAUGUCUGGCGAGGGUGCGUCUGGUUCCGGAAAUGGCAGUGGUAUAGAAAUAGGAAGCGGCAGUGGGGAGAACGAGUCGGAAGAAGAGGAAGACGAGCCGUUGGAAUACGUGGAGGUGGCAGAAGACUUUUAUUACAUGGCACACGUUAUAAGACUCAUGGCUAUUCUUCAUGCGAUCGUCUCUCUUGCUAUGCUGGUUGCCUACUAUCACUUGAAAGUACCGCUGGCCAUUUUCAAACGGGAAAAGGAAAUUGCGCGACGCGUGGAGUUCGAUGGUCUGUACAUCGCUGAAACGCCGGAAGAAGACGACAUCAAGGUGCACUGGGACAAGAUGGUGAUAUCGGCGAAAACGUUCCCCGUGAAUUAUUGGGACAAGUUCGUGAAGAAGAAAGUUCGACAGAAAUACAGCGAGACUUACGACUUUGAUUAUAUAAGCAACUUACUUGGCAUGGAGAAGACUUCGUUUAGCCAACAGGAGGAAGAGGGUUCCGGUUUGAUACACUUUAUUGUAAAUAUCGAUUGGAGGUACCAGAUAUGGAAAGCGGGAGUUACCAUCACGGAUAACGCAUUUUUGUACAGUCUGUGGUACUUCACAUUUUCAAUCCUUGGCAAUUACAACAACUUCUUCUUCGCUGCUCAUUUACUCGACGUCGCGAUUGGUUUCAAGACUCUAAGAACGAUCUUACAGUCCGUCACGCAUAACGGCAAACAACUGGUGUUAACGGUGAUGUUGUUGACUAUCGUCGUCUACAUAUACACGGUCAUAGCCUUCAACUUCUUUAGAAAAUUCUACAUUCAGGAAGAGGACGAUGAAGUGGACAAGAAAUGUCACGACAUGUUAACGUGCUUCGUAUUCCACUUGUACAAAGGUGUAAGAGCCGGUGGUGGUAUCGGCGAUGAAAUCGGCGAACCUGAUGGCGAUGACUACGAGGUCUAUCGUAUCAUGUUCGACAUCACUUUCUUCUUCUUCGUUAUUAUCAUUCUGUUGGCUAUUAUUCAAGGUUUGAUUAUCGAUGCAUUCGGCGAGCUUCGAGACCAGCUCGAAAACGUCAAGACAAACAUGGAGAGCAACUGUUUCAUUUGUGGCUUGGGGAAAGAAUAUUUCGACACAGUACCGCAUGGUUUCGACACGCAUGUUCAGCAGGAGCAUAAUCUUGCCAAUUAUAUGUUCUUCUUGAUGCACUUAAUCAACAAACCAGACACCGAGUACACCGGCCAAGAAACGUACGUGUGGAACAUGUAUCAGCAAAGGUGUUGGGACUUUUUCCCGGUCGGUGAUUGCUUCCGCAAGCAGAACGAGGCGGUGGAGGAAGAGGCGAAGAAGAAAUAAAUACAAAUUUUUCAAAUUUAUCUCGUUUUACGUAUCAUCGAACGACCAAUCGAUCGAUCUACCAAGGGGGAUUUCCUUUCCCUGAAAUCAUCUUCAAUGAUCGUAGUCUGUAAUUUCUGUACGCGAAGGAAUGGUAGCGCGCCGCGAACAACACUCGACAACGUACGACUUGCAUUUUCGAUCGCGCGCGCAACGAACGAACGAGCGAGGCAAGUUGGAGGAGACUGGCGAAAUAUUUUUUCAACUUAUUUUUCCAACUUUGUAAGGACGGCUGGAUAUCGUGUAAUCAACAGUUUCCUCUCCU